AUGAAGUCAUUAGGAAAUAUCAUUUAAAUCCUGAAAUAUUAAUUACAAUGCAAUAUAGUAUAUUUCUCGUAUUAAUGUCAUUUGUUACAUAUUACAAUUAGAUACCAGAAAUUGAAAUCGACUUAAGUGUUACACCUAGAUGAAGAUUGAAAUAAGCAGUCAGAAUCAUCAUUGAAUAAUACGGCUAUGAAAAUUCUUUUGGUCCAGCUUCGAAUAUCAUAAGAAUAAUACAUUCUAUAUAUUGGACCCAGAAGAUUAUACUACAAUAGCCAAGGGAAUAAAUACAAAUUACCCUGAAUAUUCAUAGGAAUUAGAAGGAAUUGUAGAAGAGUGAAAUAGAAAUUAAAUAAUCGUUGAAUAUUUGUCUGCUUGGGCAUAUUUCAAUGAAAUUGGUCAUAUAUCAAAUGACAUCAUUGAGAGUACUGGAGUACUAUUAUCAGUCGGUGAUUAAAUAAUACAUGGAAGAUAUAUUGAUGCAGCUCCAAUUUAAACUAGAAAUAUCGCCUUACAUUUGA